CUAGCUUUCUACUUCACUUUCCUCGCCGCCGCGCAUUCUACUCCUCCUCCUAAAUACUGGAAGCGCCGCCGAUGAUCAUUCGCCGAUAGGAAACCCUAAGCCACUUCCUCUCUCUUGCUCUUCUCCUGCUAUGGCGUCUGCUUCCCUUCUCUCGGUUUCCGAGUCUUCUGGAGAAAUUCAUGGUAUCCCAAGCAACUUCAGUUUUAGUGCUGCAAGUGGGAAGGACUCGGAUGUGAAAGAUGCUAGUGUAUCUCAAUUCAAGAAAAGAAAGCUCUUUGCAGAUACUGAUUCAUUACCAUGUGAGGUUUUGAGGAAGAUUGAGGAAUCUUUACCUGUUUUGCAUUCACCAGAUUACUACAUGAAACCAUCUUUGAAAGAUUUGGUAAGACAGGAAAUCAUGGAUCCUGGCUAUUGCGGCCGUGUUCCUAAUUUCAUUGUUGGGAGGUUUGGUUAUGGAUGUGUAAAGUUUCUUGGGAAGACUGAUGUUAGAUGGUUGGAUUUAGAUCGAAUUGUAAAGUUCCGCAGACAUGCGGUAAUUGUGUAUGAAGAUGAAAGUGAUAAGCCUGCAGUAGGUGUGAGCCUUAACAAGGCUGCUGAGGUGACUUUGAGGCUACAGCUUAGACAUUCAGAAUUGCAAAAGGGGCAUCCAGAUGAUAUUAUUAAGAAAUUAAGAGUGAUUAUGGAGAGACAAGGAGCACAAUUCAUUUCAUUUAACCCUACAAAUGUUGAAUGGAGUUUCUUGGUUGACCAUUUCAGCAGAUUUGGUUUGAGUGAUGAUGAUGAGGAAGAUAUUACUAUGGAUGAUGUGAACGGUGUGGUUCAAGAUCCUGGGGAAAUGAAUGGUAGAGAGAAUUCUGAGUUUGAUGAAGAAACCCACAUAGAUACCACUGGGCCUGUUCUUACACAUUCUCUUCCUGCACAUCUAAGGCUUGACCCAGUAAAGAUGAAAGAAAUUAAAAUGUUGAUGUUCCCUGUUGAGGAAGAAGAGGAGGUUGAUGAUUUCAGAGGGAUAACUUCUCGUAGAAAACCAACCUUUGGUAAAGAACACAUAAGGCCUCCUUUGCAUGAUUCCAGUCAGAGAAUGAGCCUUAGGUCUACCCCAUCUGCUUUACGAAAAAUGCCAGUUGCUUUGCUGGAGUAUAAUCCAGGUUCUGAUUCCAGUUCCCCAUGUUCCAUUCUAAUGACCCAACAGAAUAAGGAUAUUCCUCUGAAGGUGAUAAAAAGAGAAGGUUUUAAGCUGGACCUCAAGCAAGAGACGCCAAUCACUGGAAGCCAUUCACGCAACAUAGUUGAUGCAGCAUUGUUCAUGGGUAGGUCGUUCCGUGUUGGUUGGGGCCCAAAUGGUGUCCUUGUUCAUUCUGGUAUGCCAAUAGCUGGUAAUGACUCCCAGAGAGUAUUGUCUUCUGUAAUCAAUGUAGAGAGGGUUGCAAUUGAUAAAGUGGUUAGAGAUGAACAUAACAGGGUUAAAAAAGAACUUGUUGAGUUUGCUUUUGAUUCUCCAUUGAAUCUUCACAAGGCUCUGAAUCAUGAAAUAAAAGAAGUAGACGUUGGGUCCUUUCACCUGAAGCUUCAGAAGGUUGUUUUUGAUCGAUUGACACUUUCAGAUAUAUGUAGGAGUUACAUUGACAUAAUUGAGAGGCAGCUGGAUGUUCCUGAUCAGUCUUCUUCUGGUCGCUUGGUUUUGAUGCACCAAGUAAUGGUUUGGGAAUUGAUAAAAGUUCUAUUUUCUGAAAGAGAAAAUACUGGGCAACUGAAAUCCAUGGGCGCUGACAAUGAAGAAGACAUGAUGCAGGAUUUGAAGGAAGGUCCUCCAGAGGUUGAUCUUGAAGCUCUUCCUCUUAUUCGGAGGGCAGAGUUUAGUUGUUGGCUACAAGAGAGUGUCUGUCACCGUGUGCAAGAUGAAGUGAGCUCCUUGAGUGAGUCCAGGUAUCUAGAACACAUAUUCAUUCUCCUCACUGGGCGGCAAUUGGAUGCAGCUGUGGAGCUGGCUGCUUCCAGAGGAGAUGUGAGACUGGCUUGUUUACUAAGUCAGGCUGGUGGAUCAAAAGUGAAUCGUUCUGACAUUGCAUGGCAGCUUGAUCUUUGGAGAAAGAAUGGGCUAGACUUCAAUUUUAUUGAGAAGGAAAGGAUUCAGCUUUAUGAGUUGCUUGCUGGUAAUAUUCACAGAGCUCUGUACAAUAGUAAAAUUGACUGGAAGAGAUUUUUGGGGUUGUUAAUGUGGUAUCAACUCUCACCUGACACUAGACUGCCUGUUGUGUUUCAAACUUAUCAGCACCUUCUUGAUGAUGGAAAAGCUCCAUUUCCUGUUCCAAUCUAUGUUGAUGAAGGUCCAAUAGAAGAGGAUUUCAAUUGGAGUACAGGUGGACGUUUUGACCUUUCAUAUUAUCUUAUGCUUCUGCAUGCCAGUGAAGAGAGUGAAUUUGGCUUUCUGAAGACAAUGUUUAGUGCCUUCUCUUCAACACCUGAUCCGCUUGACCACCAUAUGAUCUGGCAUCAGCAUGCUGUGUUGGAAGCUGUCGGUGCUUUCCACUCUGAUGAUCAUCAAGUUCUUGACAUGGGACUUAUAUCCCAACUUCUGUGCCAGGGGUUAUGCCAUUGGGCUAUCUAUGUGGCCCUUCACAUACCUUAUUGUGAAGAUUAUCCAUAUCUUCAGGCCACUAUUAUUCGGGAAAUUUUGUUUCAAUACUGUGAGUCCUGGAGUUCAGAAGAAUCACAACGUCAAUUUAUUCAAGACCUAGGUGUUCCAUUGGAAUGGAUGCAUGAAGCUAUGGCUGUUUAUUACAAUUACCAUGGAGAUUUUCCAAAGGCUCUAGAGCACUUUCUUGAAUGCGCAUACUGGCAAAAGGCUCAUUCUAUUUUCAUAACUUCAGUUGCUCACACGUUGUUCUUGUCAGCCAAUCACUCAGAAGUAUGGAACAUUGCGACUUCCAUGGAGGACCACAAGUCAGAAAUUGAGAAUUGGGACUUGGGAGCUGGAAUUUAUAUUUCUUUCUAUGAGCUUCGAAGUUCAGUGCAGGAAGACAACAAUACUAUGACUGAACUGGAUUCUCUUAGCAGCAAAAAUGCUGCUUGUAGGCACUUCCUUGGUCGUUUGAGUGAGUCUUCGGGAGUUUGGGGUGGCAGGUUACCAGUUGAUGCAAGGGUGGCAUUUUCAAAGAUGGCAGAGGAGAUAUGCUCUUUGCUGCUAUCUGAUAUUAGUGGGGGUCUAACACGUGAUGAUCAGUUAGACUGCUUUGACACUGUCCUUAGUGCCCCCAUUCCCGAGGACCUUCGAUCCAAUCAUUUGCAGGACGCUGUGUCGCUUUUUACUUGCCAUCUCGCAGAAACAACCACGUAACGUUGUUCUCCAUUUGUGAUUUUGGCGCAGCAGAGUAUAAAAAAACUGAGAGUUUUCAUUGUAAACCUAUUUGUUGUAGUUGCUUUCAGCGUGUGACAUUCAGCGAAAUAUAUAUCAAUCAAGUUGCCAAGUUGAAGAAACACUUGCCACUCCAUACCCAAAUCAGAAAUUGGAAUUUGGAACACAUUUUCCCUGUUAUACGUAUUGUCAAUUUUCAAUUUAUUGGACGCAACACAGCAACAUGGCCAAUACAAAACAAGCAGGAUAAAGAACUAAAGCUGAUAUGUCUGUACAUUCAAAUCGCAGACUGACUUAAUUGUGUGGAUGAUAGAUUCAUCACAUGUUAAUUCACCCUCCAUUUAUAUCAUGUCAUGCUGUAAAACUUUGUUAGUACCAACAAAUAUUUACAAUAAAUCAUUUUCAUAAUU